CAACAGUGGCCUCGGCAGCAAGGAAUCCUCCGGCACCUGCCACUCGUCUCAUCUACCGCUCCUACUUUGAUCGCGAAGUGGAGCUCACCAGCGACAAUCCCAGAAAAAUCAAUGAGUUAUGGUUAUGGCAGGAGGCCAUCAAUCGAAAGCGUGCCGCCGACUCGGAGCGCGACUCCUUCAACCAGGUCACCUUGUAUCUGGAGGCCGUUGUCUACUUCCUGCUGACCGCCUACGCCAUGGAGCGUUGCAGCUCCGAACAGGCCACAAAUACCAUGUACAAGGACACCCUGUCGCUAAUUAAAUUUAUCUCCACUAAGUUUCGUCCCUACCAACAACAGUCAACGAAGGGCCAUGAAACUCACAACAAAGUGGCCAUUCUCAGCUUGCGUUGCCAGUCGUUGAUAUCGCUGAAGCUUUAUAAGCUACGGAGGCACAAUUGUCGCGCCAUCAUUGCCAGUCUAACGGAUUUCUUUCGCGUUGUCAACGGCAACACGUCUACCUCCAAAUCACCAUCGAAUUCGGUUGGAUUUCAGGGCUCCAGUUCGAAUAUGCCGCCUGGCAAAAUAGUGCCUCAGGAUAUACACAAUCAGCUUUGCAAGCAGAAUGAGUAUCUGAGCUAUGUGAAUAGUGCUCUCGAGUUGUGGGAUCAAGCCGAUCGAUUGGUGCGCACAGGCAAUCAUAUAGAUUUCUUUCGCGAACUGGAUCACGAGAACGGCCCGCUGACGCUGCAUAGCACCAUGAACGAAGUAUUCCGGUAUGUACAGGCGGGCCUCAAGACUCUCAGGGAUGCUCUGUCUGUAAAGGAAUCCAAACCAAAAACCUUCCAACAGAACGAAGAUAUCCACAACAACAAAAAACAACACAAGAAAUGAUUUGUUAUUAAUGUAUAACAUUUAAAAAAGAUCGUAUUCAAAUAUUCCGUCAGAUAUCUUGUGUUGAAUGUACUUCCCUAAAAUUCACU